AUGACUUUAUACUAUGAAGCAUUUACAGAUCCAGCGUUUGUUACAAAUGAAGGCAUUCAAAAUUAAUUUUAAUUUUAGACUGGACUAUUACAAAUGCAUUAAAUACUUAUUCUGAUUGUGCUGGAACGAGAAUUCUUGGAGGAUUUAAUGCAUUUGGAAGGUUAGCUUAAGCUAGGAAAUUCCUUCAAUUGCCUCCUCAUUAUUCAAUAUACAUAACUAUGGAAUUUUGGAAGUAAUUUUAACUUAUUGUAUAUAGAAUUGAUUCUUGGGAUGGUGAGUUUUUAUUUAUUUACUUGGAUGGAACUUUAAGUUUCUCUUCUCAAAAUGGGUAAUUAGGUACAUAAUAUUGUGGAUAAGGAUGGGCUGAUGAAAUUUAAUAAUUAACAAUUACAUAGCCUCAUGUAUUUUAGUCAGUUCUCAUUCUUAUUACGACAAAUCUUGACUCUUGGCCAGAUGAUGUAAGAUGAUAAAAUUAUGAAAGGAAUCUUGGGGUUUUAGAGAUUUUAAACUUUAUCUUGAUUUGUGCCCUCCUGGAUGUCUAUCCUGUUCAUCAAACGAUUAAUAUAUGGAAUGUUUACCUUGGAUUCUAGUCAGUUCAGCAUUUUUAUCAAUUUAGUCAUCCUCUUUUUAACACGAUGGAUGGUCAAUUAUUAACGGAGUAUAAGAUUCUACAGUUUGCUCUAGUAACAGUUGUUAUUUUAAAUAGAUAUUCCACUAUUUGGUGGAUAUAAUAAAUGUGCCUAAUAUUCUUUAAUCACCAAAGUCAUAGAAUUGCCUUCACAUUAUUUGUUAAAAAUUAGAUUCAGAGUUGCAUACAUAGAUUCUUGGGAUGGAGAAUAUUUCUACUGUCAUAUGGAUGGUAAUUUAAUGCUAGCUUAAUCACAUCAUCAUUCUAUUGGUGGAGGAAUCAGCAAUAUUUGUGGUUAAGGUUGGGAUGAGUAUUUUCCAAAUUAUGAAGUAAUAAUGUAUCAUCAAAAAUCAUAUCUUAUUAUAACUUUUUCUACAAGUUUGAAUGAAAAUUUUUCUAAUGAAUCAUUUGGAAUAAGAGACUUUGAAAUAUUUUCAUGUAAUAUCUUGAUAUAAAUAGAUAAUCCCUAGAUUUGUGGUAAUGGAGUUAUAGAAUAAACUGAAUAAUGUGACGAUGGUAAUAUUUAUGCUUUUGAUGGAUGUUUUAUUUGUUAAUAUUCUUGUGUAGAAGGAUGUUUAAAUUGUAUUGAUGGUAUUUGUUUUGAAUGUGACAUUGGGUGGAUAUUUAAAUCAGAUUUUAAUACUUGUAUUGCUAUUGUAAAUGAUUAGAAAUUUUAAAUUUGGGAAGAAUGUGACGAUUAUUUAAAUUUUGAAAUUUGUAAAAAUGGCAAAUUUAUUUGUCCAUCAAAUUGUUUGAUUUGUGAAUUUGGAAUAUGUUAUGAUUGUAUUCCAGGAUGGAAAUUAAUUAAAUAAUAAUGUUAAUCUACUUGUGGAGACAAUCAAAUUUAAAUCUUAGAGGAAUGUGAUGAUAAUAAUUUAAUAAGAUUUGAUGGAUGUAAUAAAUGUUAAAAUGAUUGUUAAAGAGAAUGUUCAUAUUGUUUUAGAGGUAUAUGUUUAGAUUGUAUUUAUGGAUGGCAUUUAAAUAAUCAAUUUAUUUGUGAAACUUAAUGUGGAGAUUCUUAGAUUGCUUUAAUUUCUUAUGAAGAAUGUGAUUAUUCAAAUAGUAAUAGUAAUUAAGUUGAUUAAUGUAUUGAAUGUAAAUUAUAAUGUUGUCAUUAUUGUGAUGGUUGCAUUUAUGGAAUUUGUUAUAAUUGUGAAUAUACAUUUACAUUGAUUGAUUAAAUUUGUACUCCUGUAUGUGGAGAUGGAUUAAUUACAAUUGAAUAUGAAUAAUGUGAUGAUAUGAAUUUAAUACCUUAUGAUGGUUGUUAUGAAUGCAAAUAUUAAUGUAGAUAAUAUUGUAAAUUAUGUAUUAAAGGAAUUUGCUAUGAUCAUUGUGAAUAUGGAUUCUAUGAGUUUGAUAAUUAAUGUAUAACCAAAUGUGGAGAUGGUAUCAUUGCUGGAUAAGAAGAUUGUGAUGAUUUAAAUGACAAUCAAACUGAUGGAUGUCAUAAUUGUUAAUUUCAUUGUCCAGAUCAUUGUGAUUAAUGUAUAGAAGGUAAAUGUAAAUUAUGUGAACCUGGAUAUGCUUUGAUUGAAUAAAUGAACAUCUGUAAAUCUUAUUGUGGGAAUGGUAUGAUAUCUUUAGAUGAAGAGGAAUGUGAUGAUGAAAAUAACGAAGAUGGGGAUGGAUGUUCAAGGCUUUGUAAGAUUGAAACGGAUUAUCAAUGUAAAAAUUUUGAAUAUAGUUUCUCUUAAUGUACUUACUCUAAACAACCAAGAUUUUAUCUUUAAUUUAGAGAAGAAAGAGAUUAAAACUAAUAUGUUACAUUACUAUUUACUUAAUAAGUUAAGAAUAUAGAAAAAGACUCAUAUUCUAAAUAUAUAUAAAUGAACCUAGUUGAUGUAGAUAUUAAUAUCUACAAACUAAACUUAAUUAUAAUCUAAGACGCCUAUGAUUAUGUCACUAAUGUAGAGUAUGUUGUUGAAAUCUAAAUAAAUGCAACUUUAGAGUAUCGUCCCAUUUUAGAAAUUACUUUAGAUUAAUAGUUGUACAAUUCAGAAGAUGCUAUUCUUGUCAAUCAAUAUGAUCAAAUAUAAUUGAGAUAACCAAAAUACUUAGACGAUUAAAAAUUAUAAGCAGCAGCUACUUUAACUUAAGCAAACGAAUAUAUUAUGAAUUCAAUGGGUGGGAUUGGUAUACUAGCUUUCUUUCUAGGAAAUUCAUUUAUUUUUAGUAGCAUUCUCGAAGUCUUACAAUAAUAAUCUUAUUUAAGAUUUAUUAAUGUAAUAUUUCCCUUCAAUUUAUUUAUCUAUUUUGAAUCAAGUAACAUAAUAACGAUUAAACCCAUUUUAUAAUUUUUUCGAAUUGAUUCUAUUUAAACUCCAAUAUAUGAUUCUAUAUACAUAAAAUCUUACGAAAAGUUGGAAUAUUAUGAAAUUAAUGCUGACCUUUUGACCAAUAUAUAGACUUAAGUGUUUCUUCUUUUAAUCUUAUUUAUCAUUUAUUUUUCAUGUAUUUCAAUUCUUCAUUUGAUUGAUACAACCAAAAUUGAAUCUUUAGUUUAUUUAGGAAGAUUUGGAGUUAAAUUACUCUUUUAAAUAAAAAAAUAAUGCUUAAAUUAUAAAAUUGAAUUUCGAAAAGUAGGCUUAAAGACAUUUUUAAUAGCAAAUUGCUGGGAUAUUCUUUUCACUUGUUUUUUGUAAUUCAAAUCUUCAUAAUAAAGUACUAAUUUUAGAUCCUAUAUUUGUUUAAUCUUAGCAUACUUAAUAUUGUAUGGAUGCUUAAUGAUACUUGCCUAAUUUGUUAAUAAGAAAUCUUUUAUAAAGGAAUGCUUUAUAAAUUAUUGGAUUUCAAAGAUGGAUUUAUUUUUUUCAUUAAAAAAAUUAAUUUUUAUCUUUAUCCUAGUUUGCUUUUAGAAGAACCAAUAAAUAUAAACAAUUUUACUAACAUUUGUAUGUUAAAUAUAUCUCAGUUAUGUAAUUAAAUUUAAACCAUUCAAAAAUCAAUAAGAUUUUUUUAAUCAUAUUAUGAUGGAAGGAAGUGCGUUUAUUUUUACAUUUUCUUCUGCUAUAUAUUGGAGUUAGACGUCUAAUUUAAUUAGUUAUGACAAAUAAGUUCUACUUGGCUGGUUACAUAUUAUAAUGUUGCUAUUUGUGCUAUUUGUAAAUUUACUUCUAUAAGUAUUUGAAUUAGUUUUGCAAAUAAAAUUUUUAAUAUAAAAAAAACUAAAAAAAUAAAACUAAGAAAAUUUAUACAAUUCUAAUCCUUAUCCAUUAACUAAUCUUAUGGAAUUUAAAUUGUGA